UCUCACUACCUAUAAAUCCACCACCUUCGAAGAGGUUUUGAAUUCUCCAGAUGUUGACGAUCCUGAUCUGAUUGACAUAAUUGGUGCAUACAGUCCCUCCGAGCCCGUGAAGAAGCCCCCUGCAUAUGAAGGCCCUCCAACCUGGUGCAACUUUCAACUUCGUGAUUUACAGAAUAAGGUUCUUAAUUGCACUCUCUGGAAUGAGUAUGUUGACCAACUUGAUACAUAUAAAUUGACCUCAAGACAGAAUCCCAUUGUUAUCUUACUGCAGCUAUGUCGUAUAAAUAAACGAUGGGAUGGUACCAAAGGAGUAGCCACCUCUUUUUAUGUUUCAAAGUUAAUAUUGGAUGAACAUAUCCUUGAGAUUGAGGAUUUCCGAAGCAGUUUUUUAAGCAUCAGAGGCUCUUUCCCAUCGCCUUUAACACAAUCAUCAUCAUCCUCUGUUCUCAUUGUCGAUGUUGCUGCUGAAAUGGGUCCUACCAUACCACUCACUGAGUUGUCAUCUGCUAAAGAGGGUUGCACGAAAAUGGUCUCUGCCUUUCCAGAACAGGGAGUUGGGCAUCAAAUCGAUUGAGUUUGUUUUAAUAGACGAGGAGGGUACAAGAAUUCAAGCUACUGUACCACAAGAGUACAUUCCACUGUUUGAAGACCAUAUUCAAGAGGGUAGACUUUAUGCUUUUAUGCACUUCACUGUAAGAGAAAAUGCAGGCAAGUGGAGACCAACACAACAUCCAUAUCGGUUUUAUUUUAAUCAAAGGACUAAGUUUAGGCUCCAGCCAAAUGGUACACACCCACUGUUUCUUCUCACUACCUAUAAAUCCACCACCUUCGAAGAGGUUUUGAAUUCUCCAGAUGUUGACGAUCCUGAUCUGAUUGACAUAAUUGGUUCAUACAAUCCCUCCGAGCCCGUGAAGAAGCCCCCUGCAUCUGAAGGUCCUCCAACAUGGUGCAGCUUUCAACUUCGUGAUUUACAGAAUAAGGUUCUUAAUUGCACUCUAUGGAAUGAGUAUGUUGACCAACUUGAUACAUAUAAAUUGACCCCAAGACAGAAUCCCAUUGUUAUCUUACUGCAGCUAUGUCGUAUAAAUAAACGAUGAGAUGGCACCAAAGGAGUAGCCACCUCUUUUUAUGUUUCAAAGUUAAUAUUGGAUGAACAUAUCCUUGAGAUUGAGGAUUUCCGAAGCAGUUUUUUAAGCAUCAGAGUCUCUUUCCCAUCGCCUUUAACACAAUCAUCAUCAUCCUCUGUUCUCAUUGCCGAUGUUGCUGCUGAAAUGGGUCCUACCAUACCACUCUCUGAGUUGUCAUCUGUUAAAGAGUUCUCCAUCUUAACGAAGGCAGAGUUCCGCCGGUCAACGACAUCAGGUUAUUUUAAUUUGUUCAAUCACAUAUAACAAUUUUGCUAUAGGUACCCCAAACCCCACCUCAUUUAUACCCCAUAUAAAAACUCACCCCCACUUUUCUUCUCCCCUCUUCCUCUCUCCUGCACCCCACCUCUCUCCCUCCCUCUCUAUGCUCUUUUCACGCACCCCCUCCCCUUUCUUCCCCAUCACAAAAUCUUUCCCCUUAUUUAAGACUUCCCAUUUUUACCAUCUUUCCCCCUUCCAACCUUAGAUCUUCUCCUGCUUAUCUCCUCUUCCACCGGUGACGUUGUCGACGGCGGGCCUACUUCAGUUGCCAACGGCGGGCCUACGUCAGUUGCCAACGGCGGGCAACCUCUAGGGAAGACAAUGACAAAGGCAAACCAAGAAGCUUUGAAUAACUUGAGCAUCAAAUCUUCUUUUCUUUAUUUUUUUCUUCAUUUUUGAUAUAUUUUCGAAAUAUAAAGGGUUCUCUGUCAGCCAGACAACUUGUAAGUGCAGUGUCUGAAAGAGUCAUGAAAUUGCCCGUCAUUUGAAAAAUAAAUGUCUGUAAUUGAUAUUUAAUUGUUUGUCAUUUGUUUGUUAGUUGUCUGUAUUUGUUUUGAGUUGUGAAGUUUUCUGCAACUCAUACUUAGUUGUUUGUCAUUUCAUUGUGAGUUGUAUGUAAUUUGUAAUGAAAAUAAUGUCUGUUUGGUUAUCUCUAUUGUCUGUCUAGUCAUACGUAUUGUCUGUCUUCUUUAUGAAACAUAUUCCAAAAUGGUAAUUCACAAUAAAGUAAUGCCUGUAUGUGUAUACUUAUUGUCUGGAUGUGUAUAUUUAAUGUCUGCCUCGUUAUACUAAUUACAUCUCAAAAAAUAAACAUCACAAAAUACAGACAAUUCACAAUCAAAUACAGACAAAUCAAAACAAAUACAGACAACUUAAAACAAAUACAGACAACUUAAAACAAAUAACAAACAAUUAACCAUCGAUUAUAGACAGACAGACAACUUCACGAGUCUUACUAACACAUACAGACACUGCACUUACAUGUUGUCUGUCUGACAGACAACCCUUUAUAUUUCGAAAAUACAUCAAAAAUGAAGAAAACAAAAUCAAGAAAAGAAGAUAUGCUGCUCAAGUUAUUCAAAGCUUCUUGGUUUGCCUUCAUCGUUGUCUUCCCUUGAGGUUGCAUCCGAAAUGGCAACCACCAUAGGCCCG